UCCCUCCCAUUCAUCAUCCACACUCGGAGCUCCGUACCCGAAAAAUCCACCAUCUCGGGUAAAAAAAAACCGUAACGUUCUCCGGUCAUUUUCUCCCGGAGAGAAAUUUUCUCUCCUUUUUCUUUUUAUCUCCCCCUUGUUCAUAUGCAUUUUGUCUCCCCCACAAUCGAGAUUUUUCCUCUGCCUUUUCAAAGCUGUGUUUAGAGAUCUCAAAUCCACGAUACAUCUGCUUGUGAACCCACGAGCAGGUUCUGAAGUUAAGGGAGGAUGACAUUCAUUAAUGGAAUUGGAUUGAGAAAAAGGCGUGAUUGAUGCAGGAAUGUAGAUAGUGAAGAAGAAGAAGAAGAGGGAUUGGGAGGGAGGUGGAGAAAUCAAUGAAUGCAGAGUAAAUAAAAGCAGAGAAAAAGAAAAAGGACCCCAGGAGGUUUUAUUAGUCCUUUAAAGAAGACAGCUAAGAGGAGAAGACACUACCAGCAGCCAGGGUAAAAAGGUAAAAGGAAGGAGGAGAAAUGUUUACGUGUAUCGCAUGUACGAAACAAAUGGCGGAAGGAGGAGAGGAAGUGGAAGGAAGUGGAGGAGGAGGAGCGCGUGGGAGUGGGACGCCAAAUACAAAAGACGCCGUCAAAAGCCUGACGGCGCAGAUCAAAGAUAUGGCAUUGAAAUUCUCUGGUGCUUACCGUCAAUGCAAGCCAUGUACUGGCUCCAGCAGCUACAAAAAAGGACAACGACCAUAUCCCGAUUUCGAUACUGCAUCAGAAGGUGUUCCCUAUCCUUAUUUUGCAAGCUCAAGCUCAACACCUGCUUGGGAUUUUACAAGCUCUGCCCACCAUCCACCUGGAAGGUCCGAUUCAAGAUUUACAGGAGUGUUUAAUGGUGAUCGAACUCCAGGAGGAGGCACCGAGUCUUGUGAUGUGGUGCUCGAUGACGAGGAUCAGCCAAAAGAAUGGAUGGCACAGGUGGAGCCCGGUGUUCAUAUUACUUUUAUCUCCCUUCCUAAUGGCGGCAAUGAUCUGAAGCGUAUACGUUUCAGCCGAGAGAUGUUUAAUAAGUGGCAAGCUCAGCGGUGGUGGGGCGAGAACUACGACAGGAUAAUGGAGCUGUACAAUGUACAGAGAUUUAAUCGCCAAGCUCUUCACACUCCUCCGAGGUCUGAGGAUGAGCAGAGAGAUUCAUCUUACUCGAGGAUGGGAUCAGCGAGGGAAAGCCCUAUGAUAAACAAAGAUUGGACACCGAGGCACCACUAUAAACCCUCUGGAAGUAAAGGGUAUUUCCCAUCUGAGCAUAUGGAUCAAGGUGGCAACCAACACUUCCACGCUGGCCCCAGUGCUUAUAGUUCAGGUCCUCCAAGAGGUGAAGCAUCUUCCAUGGAUGCAUCAAGAACAACAACUUCUUCUAGAGAUGAGCCUUCUAUCAGUAACGCAAGUGAGAUGGAAUCCGAAUGGGUUGAAGAAGAUGAACCUGGAGUUUAUAUUACCAUCAGACAGUUAGCUGAUGGCACUAGGGAGCUUCGCCGAGUCAGAUUCAGCCGGGAAAGAUUCGGGGAAGUCCAUGCUAAGCUGUGGUGGGAAGAGAACCGAGAAAGAAUACAAGCACAAUACCUCUAAAUUAGGUUCAUACAUAAUACACAUAGAUCGGAAGCUGGAAGUAAAUGUAUUAGAGGUGCAGUUGGGUAUCCCAAGAAAAUGAACUCAACAUCCAAUUUUGUUUUAAUGUUGCAUCCUAAAAUCAAAAUUUUACACAAGAAGGAAUUUAUUUUCUUGUUCCCACCUUUUAAGAGCUUUUAUAUUUGGGAUUCAUGGGAUUAUGGAGCUCUCAAAUGAAAUGUUAUAUGUUUGUAACACAAAUUAA